AACAGGACAUGUAAUAUUCGGGUUGAUAUAACAUACGUACGAGUUAACAUAAUAUGCAACAAAAUGCUUGGACAAGGAUCGUUGACAUUAGCAUGCCGAGAAGUUAUUAAGACAGUUUGUGCUUGUCCACGUAUUGAGUUUAAGCGACAUUUGCUAAGAAGUAGCCUUUGUCAUCAGAAAGCUGAAAUCACAGUUGAAGCUCAAGACCAUGCACAUAAACAUGGGGCUUCAGAUCAGACUAACCGUGUAACAACACUGUAUGAGAAGUUCCAGCAGAAUCCACAAUCUGUCCCAUUAGUUACAUCCAGGGAGCUGGAAUACCCCAACCAGUACCGAUCACCUCGCCAGGCCUGGCUAGAAACACUCAGCACAGUGGAGGAUCACAAACUAGGCAUGAUUGAUCUCCACCCAGAUGUCUUUGCUGCUCAUCCCAGGCUUGACAUACUGUAUCAUAAUUUAAGAUGGCAGGAAUUUUAUAAGAAAAUAGAUUAUGAUUGGACGCCAAGUCGUGGUGAUUUGGAUGUAACCACUCGGAAACAGAUGAAACAGAAGGGGUCAGGAAGAGCCAGAAACCGCAACAGAGACUCAGUAAUGUUCAAAACAGGUGCUAAACCUCUUGGCCCCAAAGGACCAAAGGCUCUAUUUUAUAUGUUGCCAAAACGUUACAGAGUUCAGGGACUUUGUACAACACUUUCAUUUAAGUAUGCACAGAAUAACCUACAUAUUGUGGACUCCUUAGAAAUCCCGACAGAUGAUCCACAGUACAUUCAAGAUUUGAUUGACACAAGAUUCUGGGGAUUCUCAGUCCUCUUUAUUGACGAUACUGACUACAUGCCAGAAAACACAACUUAUGCAUUAGCAGAAUACCCACAAUAUAAUUUGUUACCUGUAUAUGGAUUAAAUGUACGUGAUAUGUUGAAACAUGAAACGCUAGUAUUGACACUUGCUGCAGUGGAAAAGAUUGAACAGAAAUUACUUCUUCAUUUGAAUACAAACAGGAAAGAUACCAAGUUUUCUAUGGAAAGCAGAUAUGACCAAUACUAAAAUGCAAAAUAAAAAUGGUUUGAAUUAUAA